AUAUAUAAAUUUCCCCUGCAGCUUAAAUCUAAAAAAAAAAACAAAAUAUUAUAUUCUUACCAUUUGAAAAAAAUGCCCAGUGAAACCAAAGCGUCCCCACCUAAAGUCACACACCAUGGCAGUGAUUCUCCAACGCAUUCAAAAACUCCCUCAAUAUCCUCGUCAACGGCAACGUCCACCACCAAACGCAUGGACUCACUGGUCGAUGAUGAAAUUAUUCAAAAGAAUUUAAAGGAAUUAAUGGAUAAAAAGAAUCGAGAAGAACGAAAGGCCAAUGGUCGUAUGGUGGCCGUCAUUAUAGCCUCACUUGUGAUAUUUUGUGCCGUUUAUCAGGCGUGGAUAAAGAAAUCCGUACAUUUAGCCGGUGUACUGGUGCCGGCACUUAUAAUGCUCUCAUUUGCCGGUUGGGUUGUGAUUUUGUCAAAACGUGACAAAGCCAAGAGGGCACUUUUUGAUAAAUAUAUGGAAGAAAUUGCCCAAAAGAACAAAGAAGAACUGGAGGCGAAGAAGAACAAUCACAAACAUCGGAAACCCAACGAACGGAAAUCUUCAAAUGAGACUGUCUUAGAAUUUGUCAACGAAAUCCAUAAGGGUCCUGCGAAUUCCGGCUCCAAAGAGGUUUUAAAUACCACCCGGGCGGUACGGAGUAAGGAUCAUCGUAAACAUCGAAAAUAUAGAAAUAUAGAUGGUCUGUUGGACUCAUCGGCAAUACCAUUGCCAUCGCGUUAUCCAGCACACAAAGAUUUGCGCACGAAAAGACCUAGCAUACGACAGAAACUUUUUCGACAAACUGGUCUCUAUCAUAUGUCAGCAGCAUCGGCAGUAGCAGCGAAUAGUACACGCACACUGGUACAGGCUGUCAUCAAUAGCAGUGGUACACCGGUGCAGCCGAUCGCACAUAUAGGUGAUGCUGUUGUAAUGGUGCCCACAACGACGGCAGUUAAUCCUACACCAAUUGCUUUGGAAAAUAAGCGCAAACAACAAAUGCAACGUCUAAAAACGAUCCAAGAACCGACCAUGGUGCGUAUGGGUUCAGAGCCAUAAUGCAUUUCGUUGUAUUACUUAUACGUCACGUCAUGGUCGAAAUGGUGAAGGGACACUGGGGGUGGAAUUUACGUCCUAUAAAUACUAAUACGCUCCAAGGUCCACCACAUGUACAUAAAUAGGAAAAACCCAAACAAACAACAAUGUAGAAGUUAUAAAUUGUUUAAUGAUUGUCUUAAAUUGCAAUUUGUAUAUUAAAUGUAUUUUUGUAUAAUGAAAUCUAAAAUUAGAAUCUAAAUGUAAGAUAAAUAAAUCAGCAAUGUUUGCAUUUUGAAGAAAAUAAAUGUUUAA